AUGUCCUCAAAUUCCAUGGGAAUAUGUCCUCAAAUUCCAUGGGAAUAUGACAAGAAGGUUUACCUAGUCAAGGCAGUAAUUUGGAGGACUCAAGACUCAAGAGUGGACGAAAGUGUUUUGCCAACCAUAGAAAUGGCCAUGUUAUCCAAUCAACACCCAUUCUAUGGCAUGAGGGGUGUUAUACUCACUGGCCCAACAGUACACACAAUCCCAUAUACCCCUGAAGACAGGGUGGCUGCCAUCCCAUUGGCUUUACACCAGUGGAUAGAGAAAAAUAACCAGACAAAGUUGGCCAACAAGGCCAAAGCAUCCACAGAAAAAGACAUGAUAUUCAAAUCAUUCAUCUUUUCUUGA